CUCUAGUACUUAAUAUUUACGGUGCGCUGGAAUUUGUCCUACUAUGAUGAUACGUAAGUGUUUGAGAUAGCACUUUAAAGAGCUUGCUCGUUUCCAGAGAGAAGGGAUGAAUGAUGUAGCAGAACGUAACGCGACUCUUGAUCAAAUAGUAUGUGCCUCAGCUGAGGCCCUGCUUUGUCACUUCAAGUAGUUGGCCAAUGCGGUUAACCCAGCCACUCAAGUCAUAUUGAAUUCUUGUAUCCUCCUCCUGUCGGUCUUCUGCUACAGUUCACGAUGUCUGGUCGUACUUGCUCGAGCUCUAGGACAAGGACUAGUACUGCUUCUAAAAUGUUUGGAACGACCCGUGACCCUUCAUUAAUAUGAGCGAGGACUCGGACUCCGAUGAGGUCGCUGCCAGCGGCUGCCUGCCUGUGUCGACACAUGCGCAUAGUUACCCAAAAAGCUGUUUGCACAGCUUUCACUGGCACACCCAUACUUCAUGCAUCAUCACCAUGUCGCUGUCACAAGUAUGUGGAAUCGGAAUCCUCUCGCUGGCCGCUCUUUGCAAGAUGUUUUGGGCAACAUCGAGACAACCCACAGUUGACCUUGACGGCCCUAAGGAGGUCCACUGGUUGACAGGCAAUGUCCGGAAAGUGUUCGAAGGCGGCCUCGACUACUGUGUAAAACUAGCCGAACAGUAUGGUGGAGCGGUCAAGUUACAAAGUCUAUAUGGAGAAGUAGUAUAUCUAUCUGAUCCACUGGCGUUGUAUCAUGUUAUUGUCAAAGACCAGCACAUCUUUGAAGAACCCGACGUUUUCAUCAUGAACAACAAGGCAACGUUCGGAGAUGGUCUAAUAGCCACUAUCGGAGAGCAGCACCGAAAGCAACGCAAGCUCCUCAACCCUGUCUUCUCGACUACAAACAUGCGAGAAUUACUACCAACAUUGCAGCCCAUUGCGCACAAGCUGACCUCUAUUGUCGCAUCCAAACUUCCGGAUGAUGGGUCAUACAAAGAGAUCGAUAUGCUGCCUUUACUAUCUCGCAGUGCACUUGAUGGCGUUUGCCAGGCAAUUCUUGGUUAUCCAAGCAAUACUCUAGAUGCUGCAGAAAACGACGAGUAUACUGAAGCACUCAGGAAGAUAAGCCCCCUGAUAUCAAGUCUCAUGUAUUUCCGGCCACUUGUGCCAAUGGCUAUGCGCUACUUCUCAUCAUAUUGGAUAAAGAAACUUGUGGAUGUAGUCACGAUGCCUUGGAUCCCCACAGAAAGGAUGAAAGAUGUGCGAGAGAUGCGACGAAUCAUUGAAAUCAUGGACAACGGCAGCAAGAAAGCUUUCGCAGAGAAAAAGGCAGCACUGGAGACUGCAGCCACUUUACCCCCCACUGAUGCGCAGUCCGAAGUCGAUGAUCACAAACCGAGUGGGGGGAAAGAUAUGAUGGACAUCAUGCUCAAGGCAAAUACCGCGUCUUCCAGUUCAGAGCGACUCACCGAUGCCGAGCUGUUGGGACAAAUGAAUGUUAUGGUAUUUGCUGGCUUAGAUACGACUACUUCUGCUCUGUCUCGUUGCGUUUAUCUGCUUGCCAAGAAUCCACUCGCCCAAGCUCGAUUGAGAAGCGAAAUUCGUGAUGCCAUUAGCCCUACGUCUCUCUCACAGGAUGGUGCUACGGUUUUCGAGCAUGAAAAUCCACUUCUUAAUCUGUCCUACGAUACGCUGAUGAAUCUCCCAUUCCUUGAUGGAGUGGUCAGAGAGACAUUGCGGCUUUAUCCUUCUCUCCCACACAUGGGCCGAAAAGUGACCAAGGCAACUACUCUUCCUCUUCAAUUCCCUGUUCGUUCGUCAUCUGGAGCAGAAAUAUCUACUAUUGCAGUGCACGAGAAAGCGUUCAUUGUCAUCUCCAUUUUGGCUGCAAACCGCAAUCGAACUAUAUGGGGUGAUGACGCGAAUGAGUGGAAACCUGAGCGAUGGCUUUCUUCUGAUGCCGCCGCACCCAUCCUCGGGGUCAAAGAUGGCAUCAGGUACCCUGGUGUUUACUCCAACAUGAUGACUUUCCUCGGCGGUAGUCGUUCCUGCAUCGGGUUCAAAUUUGCCGAAAUGGAAAUGAAGGAAAUCCUCGCUGCGCUUAUGCUUCGUCUGCAUUUUGUGCUCCCAACUGAUCCGGAUGCCAAUGGGCAUAUCAAAGAAAUUCAGUGGAAGUUGAAGGUGUUUCAUACCCCUGUCGUUAAGCUACCAGCGGGAGAUGGGGUAACACCUCAGGUCCCACUCAAUGUUCGACUGGUGCAAGAGGAAGACUUUAAAUGGUAGGAUUGUUUGUCGUAAUGUGAUGUUCUGGUUUGUUAUAUGCUCUGACGCUCUGUCCAAACAUUGUAUACCCUGUGAUUGUACGUGCUUAUCACUGGCUGAUUUUACUCUACCGCUACUACGGUGUAUACCAUUGAAUUGAUGUCAAUGUCAACACGGCGCCCUCCUUGCGUGGGGAUGAUCGUUUGUCACUUC